AAUGUGAUAUAUACUUUUUAGUUUUUUUAUUCUUAUAUUCUUACAAAACAAACUUAUUAAUAAUAAAUAACGAAGUAAUAGAUUUUUUUUAAAUUUGAAUAUCCCGUUUUCCCGAAAAUAUUGCCAUCUUGUAACAUCACGUACCGCGAUUUUACUAAUCAAGCGCUCCAUUAGUCUGUCAAAACAAAGAUGGCAGCGAGUGUACGUGACGAGAAAAACAUACACAGUCAUGUAGAUAAAUGCAUGGUUUGUAAUGAGACGGUCAACGUAAAAUUAUGCGCGAAGUGUCGCAGUGUGUUUUAUUGCUGCAGGGAGCAUCAAAAGCAGCACUGGCCUUUUCAUAAGGAGAUAUGUAAAAAAAUAGCAGACUCUUUCUCGAGAAACGAAAAUAAAUCGAGCAAUUAUAUCCGACAAAUGGCGAGUGUUACUCAAGGAUUGGAGAAGUUAUCAAUUGAUCCGAGCUCGGGGUUGACUCAAGUCUCCUCGGACACGGGAUAUGUUGUUGUAAGUGAAUCAGAAUGUGUACAUGUUGGUUUGAAGACGUCUGCCGGUUUGUUUACUGAUAGUGAAGCCAGGGAACAUGAUGACUUGGAACACAAUAUGGGCUCUAAACACUCAGGUAUACAACAGCAUACGCAUUCCAUAGUAGGGCAUAAUGAUGGUAUAUCAGAAUAUCUUAAUUCUGACACAAGUGAUAGUGGUUAUUUAAUUGUAGAUACAAGUGCUGAAAGUGGCAGCUCAGAAAAAUUUAUUUUGGAAUCUGAAGAAACAGAAUUGACAAUACCAGAUUACAGUUCAUUAAACACUUCUGAAACAAGUGCAGAAGCAAGGGCCAAAAUGCCAUAUUUUACUGUUCUUGAGUCACGAAAUAAAGCUCUAAGUGAAUAUAUAACAAAAUGUCUCAAUGCAUAUGGGGUGUGUGUAAUAGACAAUUUCCUUGGUGAAAGCAAAGGAAAAGAUAUAUUAGAUGAAGUUAAAGACUUGUAUGAAAAUGGUGAUCUCAUAAGUGGACAGCUUGUUAAUACAGCCUCUCCAAAGGGUGCAGUGCGCGGAGACGUGAUUACAUGGGUAGAUGGAUCUGAAGUCGGCUGUUCAAGCAUUCAUUCACUAAUAGCAUCGGUAGAUGCGAUAAUGGUUCAUUGCCAAAAAACUCUUGGACAUUACAAUAUCAAAGGAAGGUCAAAGGCUAUGGUGGCUGUUUAUCCAGGAAAUAAGACCCAUUUUCUUCGGCAUGUAGACAACCCCAGCGGUGAUGGUAGAUGUGUCACCUGCAUUUAUUACCUUAACAAAAACUGGAACUCAAAGGUGGAUGGAGGGUUGUUACGAAUAUUCCCAGAAGAAGCUAACCGUGUAGCAAAUGUUGAGCCCAAAUUCGACCGGCUACUUUUCUUUUGGUCAGACCGCAGAAAUCCUCAUGAGGUGCUUCCAGCUCACAGAACCAGGUAUGCUGUGACAGUGUGGUUCUAUGAUGAGCAGGAGAGAAAAAGAGCAGUGAAAGGUUUUAAAGACAGUCAUGGAUGUGAAGCAAAGCUGAAAACUGUUUAUCCACUGUACGGUCUAACAGACAUAAACUGAAAGAGCAGCAAAAGCGCCGUGGACAGACUGCAUAUAUAAACACCAGUGUGCAUGUAUUUGCUUAUCAAAAACUAGUGUACAUGUGUGUGCAUGGACAGACUGCAUAUCAACACCAGUGUUUCAUGUAUAUGGGCAGACUAAGAUAUCAACAACAAUGUGCAUGUAUGUGUAUGUGAACCAGCUUCCUAUCAACACAAAUGUACAUGUGUAUAGACAGACUGAAAUAUCAACUGUCAGUGUAUAUGCAGGACUGACAUUGAAAUAACUAGAGUAUGGUAAAAUUCAUCAUUGUAAUUCUGAAUAUUUGUAGAAAAGAAUGAUUGGAAUUUAAAGUUAAAUUAUGGACAUGGACUAAGAGGUAAAUGUUGAAAGAACCAUGGUAAUUCAUAUCCAGCGCAGUCCAAUUUAUGGUAUUUAAUGCCUCAAAACAUACUCUCAUUUAAAACACAAUUUCAUAAAACUGCUGGAAAAAUGGAAUAGUUUGAUCCAGACUUUCUGGUUUAAUAUGUGAUCAUUUGGAUAUUAGAAAAUAUUUAUAUUUUCGCAAAAAGACCAGUGACCUUUUGAAGUUAGUCUUGACAUCAUUAUGACUUCCCCUAUGCUACACAUGUAUGCUGCGCAGAUGUACGUCCAUCUGUCACACUUUUUUGUCAGCUCUGUAUCUCCUUAACUCCUUUAAAGAUUUCCAUGAAACUCGGGUCAAAUGUUGACCACAUUGAAAAGACGUUCAGAACCCGCAUUCCAGGCGCAGUCAGCUCAUGGUCAAAGUUACAGGUCAAGGUCAAAUGUUUGAGCCAUAGACUUAAUGUCCACUCAGUAUCUUUUAAACCCCUUUCAGGAUUUUCAUGAAACUCGCUUCAAAUAGUCAACACUUCAGGACAACCUGCAAAGCCCCACAUUCCAGGCUGCUGGCUCAAUGUCGAGGUAACAUUCAGAGUAAAAGGUUUGAGGUUUCUUGUCUUCAUAUAUUCUAAACCCAUUAAAGGAUUUUUGUGAAACUCAGGUUAAAUGUUUACCACAUAAUAACAACCUGCAGGAACAACAUGACCGGUGCACCAGCUCACGGUCAAGGUCACAGUUCACGGCCAAAGGUGUAAGCCAUAUAUUUUGUGUCCGUUCCAGAUCUUCUAUAACCUCUUGGAGGAUUUUCAUGCAACACAAGUCAAAUGUCCACCACAGAACUUGCAGAACGCACAAUUACAGGCUCAAGUUCGAUGUCUAACUUUUGAGCUUUUGUGUUAUCCAUUUCAUGUCCAUUCCAUAUCUCCUAAACCCCUUGAAGGAUUUUUAUGAAACCUGUGUAAAAUGUUUACCUCAUCAAGACAACGUGCAUAACAUUCCAUUUAUUUCGGCUGAAUCUCAUGGUCACAGUUCAAGGGCCUUAAGUUCUAGCCAUAGUUUUUGUGUUUGCUGUGUACCAUAGCAAAUGUAAAUUGCAUUUCAUACCUGAAUAAAACACGAUCCAAAAUGCUCGAUUCACGACAAUAAUAACAAAAAGCCUCCUUAUGCCACCCUUCGAAGCAUAUUACCCCUAUUGAUUUUAGGUCGGUAGGUAACGGUCAUGGUCAUGGUGACCUUUCACACAGAAAGCUUGUCCAAUCGAUAUAUACAGUAUGCUUGGUCCUACAGUCCUCAGACUUGUUAUAGAGGUUAGUCAUGACCUGCAGAUCAUCCCUAUUGAUUUUAAGGUCAGUAGGUCAAAGUCAUGGUGACUUGAACACAAAAACUUGUCUAAUUGAUUUGCUUGAUCUUAUAGUCCUCAAACUUGGCAGGGAGGUUGGGUAAUGACCAGCAGAUGAUCCCUAUUGAUAUUGAGGUCAGUAGGUAAAAGGGCACGGUUGUGGUUACCUUGAACUCAAAACGCUUGUCCAAUUGAUACAGUAUGCUUGGUCCUAAGGUCCUCAAACAUGGCCCUUAAACGUGGCCAAGAGGUUUGUCAUGACCAGCAGAUGAUCAUUAUUGAUUUUGAGGUCAAUAGGUCAAAGGUCAUGUUACCUUGAACACAAAAAGCUCGUUCAAUUGAUAGCUACAGUAUGCUUGAUGCUUGGUACUACAGUACUCAAACUUGUAAGGGAGGUUGAUCAUGUCCAGCAGAUGAUCCCUAUUGAUUUUUAGGUCAAAGGGCACAGUCACGGGAACUUAAACACUAAAAGCUUGUCCAUUUGUUAGCUACUCUAUGCUUGGUCAUGUGAUCCUAAAACUCGACAGAAAAAUUGGUCAUGACCAGCAGAUGAUCACUAUUGAUUUUCAGGUGAAAGAUCAUGGAAGUGAUGACUUUGAACACAAAAAGCUUGUCCAUGACAAAUUCAUAGCUACACUCCUAUGGUCGUCAAUCUUGUAGUGAUGUUGGUGAUAUUUACCCCACAUACAUUUAAAGCUGCAUUCUCACAGAUUGAACAUAUUGACAACUUAUUUUUUGUCUUUGAAAGAGUCAAUUUUUGCGAAACUUCAUGGAAACCAGUGAUAUAUGUGUGUUCAGAAAUUGAUAUUUUAUGCAUUUUUUCUUUAAGUGUUAGUAACGCUUUUAGCCAUAGCAUUAAUUUUCAAAUGUAAAUAUGAAAAGAUGUGAUUUGAUCUUUUGUCGGCAGUCUUAUAUCACUGAUUUUCAGAUUUUUACGCAAAAUUUGGCUCAUUCCAAGCCAAAAAAAAAGUUAAUAAAACGGUUAAUUUGUGAGAAUGCGGCUUUAAUAUAAAAUUACUAAUUGGCUGCCAUUAGGGGGACAUAGUUGUUUGACAAACAUCUUUUGUGCUCUUAAAUGGCUAUCCGAUUGACAUGGCUCCAUUGGUGUCAUUUGUCACGGGACUGUGUAAGCUCUUGUUUAUUCUUUGUUUCUACGUUCCAAGUCAGACUGAUAAUAUGACUUCCAAGAGCAUAAGCUACUCAGUAAAUUAUGAAUGAAAAUAACUGAAA